AUGGUACACAGGAUGGUAUACGAAUACCAAAGGAAGACCCAGGAAAAGACCUUGAAGGUAUAUGAGAUGGUAUACAGAGUGUCUUUCUCUACUCGUGCUCAAUUCAAUUCAUUCAAGAUCGUUGUUACUAAGAUACUUACUUUGGGGGUCACUCUAGUAGGCGUUGCCUCUGACCUAGUCGUUAUUGUUAUCCUUACUUACUACUUGUUUGCACAGCUUAUGGAGGUUAUAAACAACUGGAAAGCAGAACAACAGGUCUGGGAAGAGAGCUACCUACAGAGGAUUUCUUCUCUAGAACUAGAAAUUAGCAAGCUUCACACAGAGCUCAUGGCAACCAACCAGCAAGCCCCUAUAUCAGACCUGCCAGCUCACCUAGACCAGGUGCACAGACCAGCAAGCAGAGCCGCAAGCAGAGCCGGAAGCAACAACCAGAUCAAAGACCAACAGCCGAAGACCCCAAUACAGAGACCCCUAGUAGCUCUGAAACAACUAGCAAAGAAAGGAACCUCAUAUGCAGAUGUGGCAGCCCUGAUGGCCACUAGGCCUGGGGGCCAGGAGUGGUAG